AGUAGCCACAAUUCUGUCUUGUUUUGUGUUUUAUGAUGGUUCGUGCAUGAGGUUAUUGAGGUUUGAGGUUGUGUUAAUUUGGUAACUGUUACAUUGCAUUGGAAGAACUUUCUCCUAAACGGUUAAAGUACAUCCAUAUUUUGUGGUACAUCCGUUUCUUUAUAAAGUUAUCUUCGACCACGUUUUUUUUUUAACGAUUUAUUGAAUAUAUUAAAGAAAUGAGAUAUAGUGUUGGUUGACAAUUAGCAGUGACUAUCAAUUAGUAAAAACAACAGACACAAAAACAUGAGUUACAAUAAAGAUUACUUAUACAAUGAAACAAAUGGAGUUCCGCUGCAGCCCAUACAAGAUGCAGAAGUUACCGAGAAGACUUGUUUGCAACAGCCUACCAAACAGCAGUUGUCUUGGGAGGAGAAAGAGUUACAAGAGGACGAGUUGAAUUUUAAAAAUUUGACCGUAGACGAAACAAGUCUACCACUGAGUUCUCCUCCUGAUACAAACAAUUUGGUGUAUUUUACUUUUCUCAUACAUGGUAUUGGUGUUUUAAUGCCUUGGAACAUGUUUAUCAACGCCAAUGAAUAUUUCACAAACUAUAAACUGUCUCCCGAAUAUAUAGGAUUUAUAUUUCCGUACGUGCCUAAUUUCAUGCAGUAUCUGACGUUUUCUGCUCAGGUUCCUAGCGUUUUGUUCAAUUGGAUGAAUGUUUUUGUAACGAUUGGAGGAAGUUUAACUACCAGAAUUGUAUGCAGUAUAACUGUAGAAGUAAUAGUUUUUAUUAUCACAGUUAUACUAGCAAUGGUCGACUCUAGCACAUGGCCACAUGGUUUCUUUUACGUUACAAUGAUAUGUGUUGUUAUUUUGAACAUGGCUAAUGGUAUAUAUCAGAACAGUAUUUAUGGAAUGGCUGCCAAGUUACCAGGAAAAUAUACGGGCGCCGUCAUUUUGGGCAACAAUAUAAGUGGCACUUUCACAGCCGUUGUUAACCUCCUUUCUAGCUUGAUGACGUCCAAUACAAGAAUGGCCGCUAUUUAUUAUUUUAUAACAGCUUUGUUUAUUUUGGUGAUUUGUUUCGUCUCGUAUUUUACUUUACAACGAAACAGAUUUUACCGACACUUCGAAUUAAAAGAGAAGAAGGAUGUCGAACAGAGGAGACAGCUGAUGAGGGGAUCAAGCGAACGACCUCCUUACUUGUAUAUUUUAAAGAAAUCUUUACCACAGUUGUAUAACGUUUUCUUUGUAUUUUUUGUGACCCUAGCUGUGUUCCCAGCGAUACAUGCCGACAUCAAGCCGGUGGACGAAAAUUUCUUCAUCCCACUAAAUUACUAUGCAAGCAUAACAUGCUUUAUAACUUUUAAUGUUUUUGCCAUGAUCGGCAGUUGGUUACCCAGCUAUUUCAUUUGGCCGAAACCUAAGUACUUGUGGAUUCCGGUCACCCUGAGGAUUCUUUACAUCCCAUUCUAUUUAUUCUGCAACUAUCAGGUGAAGGGAUUGGAUAGAAUUUUACCUGUACUGGUGACUAAUGACUUGGUUUAUUGGGUAGUGGCUGCGACUAUGGGCAUUACUAAUGGAUAUUUUAGCUCUCUUGCUAUGAUGUACACCCCAAGGAUGGUCGAAGAGAGGUAUGCGACUACAGCUGGUAUGUUGGCUGCAGCGGCCUUAAUAACUGGCAUCUUUACGGGCAUCAUCUCGUCAUUCUUAUGGCCUUGGGUGAUAGCCAAUGUAGGCUAACAAUGAUCACUUGCAUGUGUCCAAAAAAGUAAUUUAGUUAGGUUCAAAAUAUUACAUAUUUUAUUAUGGACCCGUUAGUUUGUUUUUCUAAUAAGAAAUAUUUAGUAACUAAAAAAAAUAUUAAAAGGACAAGAUUUUGGAUUACUUUUAAUUUGUAGCCAAAGAAAAGUUAAAAGUUAAAAAUUUAUACUAGUUUAGAUGUUCCUUAAUUAAAUUAUGGAACUUGCUUUGUAUGUGUAAAAAAUUUACAUUAGCUAAUGUAACAUAUCAACCUGCAUUAGGUAAGUGCAAAAUGUAAAUAAUAUUUGUUGACAAAAGAUAAUGAUAUAGAGGUGAGGCAAAGUGGUUAAUAAAAUUUUAUUUACCUUGUC